AUGUCUGCAAGCCAAAACGUGCCCCCUAGAGCUCAUCGAAGAGUUGUGCGGGAUGUUCCCAUUGUUCGACAACCAGGACUUAACGUCGCAGGUCAGUCGUUGGCAAACCAGCUUGGCUGUGCAUCGGAGAUACCAGAGUCGAUGAACACACCUGAACUACCCCCUCGCAUCUAUCCUCCCCCCACUUUCUCGAAUGAUAACUACACCUCUAUUCCGCCCAAUUUCCAGGGCAACAUCCCUUUACCAAGGGCAUCCUGUUUUACUGGGAUGGCCCCCCACGCUGCGGGGCCUGAUCGGGUUCAACGGUCAUUUGCACCUGCAGGUGACGUUGCAUCUCGAUAUCGUAUGGUAUACACAUACUUGCCUCUUCGUGGUGCGGAAAAAUCUCGUCAAGAAUAUACCGAUGGUGUUGUUUUUAGAGACGAGACUAUGGGAGUACAAAAGUCUACCACACGACGAUACAAGCUUCCACCUGUUAGACCCCCAAGGGAGUCGCUCGUGUCAGAUCCAGAGCCGACGCCACUUGCUACCACCGCUCCCCCCUCUGCAUCAUUGACUGUCGCAAGAGCUACACAUGCUACUGUGGGACCUUUGGUCAACGAAAAGGACUCAAAAACCGUUAUGAAGGAUGCUAAGAACCACGUAGUUGUAGAAACACUGAAUAAGUGUGCUUUCCACGAUUCAUCUAGUCGAACGACUGUCGUAGGACGUGCACUUACUGAUGCGUGUUCGCUCAUUAUCACCAAAGAUAGCUUGAGAAAACUUUGGGUUGACGAAAAUCUAUCUGCACUAUACAAGACCGUCAUUACGCCGAUGUCUACAAUACUCAAUCGCUUCAAGCAAUCUGCACAAGACCUCGUUGAAAUUCUAUACAGCCUCCAACUAUCGAUUUGGACCGACUUGACGGCCCAGAUUAACCACACUAAAUCAACUGUCGCAUUUCUGAUUCGCGAUGACAGUCUCAAUUAUAUAUUUGGCGAUUCAGUUAUGCUAGACGACGGUCGAAACUUUCGCUUCCCAUUUGAACACAACGCAAUUAUUCAAAUUGCAUUGCGUGCUGCUUUUCGCGAUGGCUAUGAUAGAUUCAUUGAUUCGGACAGCAGUCUCGACAAUAUCAUGGCAUUGUCUGCGACGGCUGCAUGCUGCAGCCUGCACGAGUUCUCGACCGGCGACCUCUCCAAUGUUGCUAUCUAG